CGAGCGAGUCUAAGUUCUCUCUCUCUCUCUGAAUCGUUUGAGUGAUCGCUGAGAUCUGAAUCUAUCUAUGGCGACACCGGACCACCUGUUCAACCUCCGCAACAAUUUCUACCUCGGCGCCUACCAAGCCGCCAUCAACAGCAGCGACGUCUCCAACCUCUCGGAAGAAGACGCCCUGGAGCGCGACACCCUCGUCCACCGCUGCUACAUCGCCCUUGGCCAGUUGCAGUUCGUCAUUUCCGAGAUCCAUGACGAUGCUCCCACUCCUCUCCAAGCCGUCAAACUCCUCGCCCUCUAUUUCUCCUCUCCCGACACCAAGGACUCUGCCAUCUCCAGCCUCAAGGAAUGGCUCGCGGAUCCCGCCAUCGGAAACAACCCCACUCUCAGGCUCGUCGCCGGUCUCGUCUUCCUCCACGAGAAUGAUUUCAACGAAGCACUUAAACACACCAACGCCGGAGGGACCAUGGAACUGCACGCAUUGAAUGUUCAGAUCUUCAUUAAGAUGCAUAGGUCGGAUUACGCGGAGAGGCAGCUGCGGAUCAUGCAGCAGAUUGAUGAGGAUCACACUCUCACUCAACUGGCCAAUGCGUGGCUCGAUUUGGCUGUGGGAGGGUCGAAGAUUCAGGAGGCGUAUCUGAUAUUCCAAGAUAUGUCGGAGAGGUAUCAGUCCACCAGUUUGCUUUUGAAUGGCAAGGCGGUUUGCUGCAUGCACAUGGGCAAUUUUGACGAAGCAGAGACCCUUUUGGUUGAAGCGCUGAACAAGGAUGCCAGGGAUCCUGAAACGCUAGCCAAUCUAGUUGUAUGCUGUCUUCACCUUGGCAAGCCAUCUAACAAAUCAUUCAGCCAGCUGAAACUUUCUCACGCAGAUCAUGUACUCGUCAAGCGGGUAACAUCAGCUGAAGAAAGUUUUGAUAGAGCGCUACAAACAUUUUCUUCAUGAGUCGAUUAUUCAAUUUCUUUCGGGAGUUGAAUGGUUUGUGGUCUUCCAUGCAAUUUUUACACCUUGUCGUGGCCAUUGUAUUGGGUUGCGUAUAUUAGAACAUAAUCAACUGGGUAAUGUGGCAUAGUAUUCAAAUUUAUAACAUUGGUUUACUGAGUCUUGAUGUUGUAAAAGCUACAUCUGACAUUAAGCAAGUUCAUUUACAUCGUAUAUUUUACUAAAAGAGCAAGAAAUGCCAAUAGGUAUUUUUGAGUAAACAAGAUCACUGUUGUGUGGAUGGAUUGGCGAAGCUGUAUUCUAUUCUAUUUUAUCCGAAGUUUUGCAUUCUUCUA